AUGACCCAAUUAGAAAUAGAUGAUGCACAAGAGCGGCUUACCUCUAGUGCGUCCACCAAUCAUCAAAGCUUAUCUCAUUCUCGACAUGAGAAGUCAUCAGUAUUAGCACAUUUACAAAAACAAAAGACCUCAACAUUCACCAAGAAGUUAUUAGAAUUUUUCAAAAUUAAUGCCUUGGGAUAUCCUAAUGAUUUUGAAAAUUAUGUUGUUCAUCAUGAAGCUAGUGAUUGCUCUUUGAUAGCCAAAUACUGCGAAUCCACAACCGUGGAUUUGUCUAAACAAGAUGCGUUAUCAAUUGAUUCCAUUACGUUAAACACAGUACAUAUUCCGCAUCCAUUGGUUAACUUUAUGAAAAAUGAGGCCAAUCAACAAACUUCUACAGAUGACCAAGUUGAUGUCAGUAAAGAGUUACAUGAAUCACCCAUUAUAGUUUUCAUCCAUGGUUUGGGAGGACAAAUGUCUCAAUUUGAACCAUUAAUGGGAUUACUUUCACAGUGUCUGGAAACUCUUUCAUUGGAUUUACCUGGGUUUGGAAGUUCGAAAUUAAAGUUUAACGACGACUUCAAAAUCGUAUCCCGAAUUUCUGCUGAAGAUAAAAUAAAGAUAAUGACUAGUAUUGCUAGCAUGAAAUGGAAUGAUUUUACAACAGACAACAUUGUCAAUAUUAUUUAUGAAUUUAUACAACAAAACGUACGAGAAGAUAAGAAAAUAGUUUUAGUGGGUCAUUCUAUGGGUACACAUUUGUCUAUUAAACUAGCAAAGAAACUACCUAAGCAUAAAGUUGAGGGAAUGAUUUUAUUGUCACCGCCAGCAUUGAUAGAUGAUACAAAUUUAGAGGUUGUACAAACAAAACCACAUGGUACACUGAGUAUGCUCAAAAUAUUCACAUACCUUCCUUGGUUGUUUAAUUAUUUUAGAACUUGGGAUAGAUUGGAGGGGCUCGACAGUGCUAGUGUAAUUAGGCAGUUGUCGAAAAUUGGAGAUACAGAUUAUAACAAGUUACGUCAGUUUAGGUGGAAUUUAGAUGUUAAUUCGGACAUUGUUUUGAAAUAUAUCAAUGGUUUUCAGAGAGCAACUACAUCAGAAUUGAUCACUGCCAUCAGUAAUUUUAAUGACAAUCCAGAAGAUAAGCAUGUUUACGAGAAAACGUUGUUUCUUUGUGGGAGUAACGAUCAAAUGACUCCAGUAUCAACCAUUUACCAAUGCGAUGAAUUUUUGACAAAAACGUUUGGUAGAAAAGUUUCAUCGGUAAUUGAAGUUAAAAACGUUGGACACUCAUUAUUACUUGUUAAACCUGAAUUUAUUAGUGGAAUGAUCUUGAACCAUCUUGACCUGAAGUUUCCUGAAAGAUUACAUUUAUCUCCUGCAUGGGUCUUGAGAGUUAAAGCCCAAGUUUCUGGUGAUAAGUGGGGUUUGAAGAAUGAGUUAAAAUGGCUGAAUUUGCAACCAAUAUCGCACAAUAUUACUAGAAACAAUGGUAAAGAUAUUGCUCCUCUAUUGGGUAUGAAGACUUUAAGAGAAGAAGACCCAGUUCAUUCCCCAGCAAUAUUAGAGGAUAAAUUCUAUGGGGAAGCAAGCGCAACUAACGAACUAAAAGGUCACUUAAUUGCAAUUAUUGAUAUAUCUGCAGAUAUUCCACCUUAUAGCCCAAAAUCGUUUUCACAUAUAAAAUAUUGGAAGAUGAGCACUGUCUCUAAGGAAGUACCAGAUCAAAGUGCUAUUAGGAGAUUUAUUCAAUUAAUUAAUGAGAUUCUAAAUGACAAUAAAGAAGUCAAGGAUCCUCUUAUAGCAGUACAUUGCCACUAUGGAUUCAAUAGAACAGGGUUCUUAAUCUGUUGUUAUUUAAUUGAGGUUUUGGGUUGGUCCGUGAAGGAGGCUGUAGAUGGAUUUAAAGCUGCCAAACCUCCUGGUAUCAAGCAUCCACAUUUCGUUGAUGCUUUGUUUGUUAGGUAUGAGAAUUUAGAACGAUGCUAA